AUACUUUAUCGAUAAUUCCGCUGUCACACUGUGUAUAGAUCAGGUGGUCACACUGGUUGGUUGGAAAAAAAAAAGUGAAAAGUGGACGUCGUGAAAUUUGCACAAUCCGAAAUUUGUUCAAUCCGUAACUAACAUCCAUCGACGCUCCACUUGCGAGAUUCUUCACUUGAAUAAAGAAAAGCGCUCAACAUGGCUCAGGAAGGUCAGGAUAUUCCCACUUUUAAGUGCGUGCUGGUCGGAGAUGGUGGCACUGGAAAGACCACAUUCGUCAAACGCCACAUGACUGGCGAAUUCGAAAAGAAGUAUGUGGCCACACUGGGCGUGGAAGUGCAUCCUCUAAUCUUCCACACCAAUCGUGGAGCUAUCCGUUUCAACGUGUGGGAUACAGCCGGACAGGAGAAGUUCGGAGGUCUGCGUGAUGGAUACUACAUUCAAGGACAAUGCGCUGUGGUAAUGUUCGAUGUAACUUCCCGAGUUACAUACAAAAAUGUGCCCAACUGGCAUCGUGAUUUGGUGCGUGUGUGCGAGAACAUUCCCAUAGUUCUCUGCGGCAACAAAGUCGACAUCAAGGACCGCAAAGUAAAGGCCAAGAGCAUUGUUUUUCAUCGUAAAAAGAAUCUUCAGUAUUACGACAUUUCGGCCAAGUCCAACUACAACUUCGAGAAACCAUUCCUCUGGCUUGCACGCAAGUUGGUUGGUGAUCCCAACCUAGAGUUCGUUGCCAUGCCGGCACUGCUGCCGCCAGAGGUCAAGAUGGACAAGGAGUGGCAGCUGCAAAUCGAACGUGAUUUGCAGGAGGCCCAGGCGACUGCCUUGCCCGAUGAGGAUGAGGAUCUUUAAGCGAGAAGUGUAUCUAAAAUAGUUAACGGAGAGGCGGCCGGCCUAUACACUCACACAACAUACAUACCAUACCCACCACAAUCACACACACACACACACGACCACACACCAAGCGUCAUCGUACACAAACACACAAAAGACGGCUCUCCAGGGCCAGAAGUCAGUAGAAUUUUUUUUUUUUUUUAUGAAAUUAAUGAUUUAAAGAAGAUGUUGGAACACAAAACACAAACAAAUAUCAGCCAGCCAAACGUUUGGCAGCACCCGCUUCUGUGGUGUUGUGGCUCUGCUCUAGAUGAACACAGCUCAAUAUUGCAAGUUCCUGAAGCAGUUAUUGAAAACAGCAACAUCAACAGAAGAAAACACAAAACAUAAAGAAGUUGAAAAACAAAACACAAACCAAUAUCGGGCAGCCAAACGUUUGGCAGAACAGCAACAACCCAAUUCAGCUGGUGCUAGGAGCUUCACUUGGAGCCAGCACCUUGGUGGUUGGUGAUUUCCAACACUAGAUGAACACAACUCAAUAUUGCAAGUUACUGAAGCAGUUAUUGUAACCCGCAACAAGAAAAGAACAAAAUACGAAACAUAAAAAAGAUGUAAAAACAAAAACUAAAGAAACACGAAUUUUGGAUUUUGUGUGUUCGUGUGUCUGUGUACCACUACUACUACUACUACUACAACCAAUUUAACACUUUGCUAUCCAAUAAUAUUAUUUCGAAAACAAAACAAAAAAAUACAUCCAAGGUAUAGUCGUCUUCUAUAUCAAUGUAAAUCAAGAACAGAAAGACAGUGAAGAGAGAGACAGACAGAGAGAAGAGAAGAAAGGUUGGCGCGCGCGCCUGCAUGAAAACGAGCGAGAGGGCAGUGCAGAGCAGCGCUGCGCCGUAGUAGUAGUUGUAGGCCGUAGAAGUAGGCAUAGGCGCUGGGAAAAGAACUGAGUCGAAAUGAACGAGAUAGAGAGAGAAGAGAGCCCGAGCCGCCCGCUUAAUCCUCUCCACAUGUUAUUAAUCUAAGAAACUAUGAAAAAUAAACACAAAAAAAACCUUCAAACAACAACACAAACAAACAAA